GGCUCUGAGCGCUCCACACGCGCAGGCCGCGGCCCCGCCGCCCUCAGCUGCGCUCCGUGGUGAAGCCAGCGGGGAUGGGAGCCUAAUCCCCUCCUGACGCCCCGAAAUACGGGAGAGCUGCUCCCCAGCCCCAGCUGCACCCCUGGCAGCACUGAGCCCGCCGCCCCAUGGCUGCUGCUGACCCCACGCUGCCCCCGGAGGAGGUGGCUCUGCUGGAGCUGGGGAAGGCAGCCCCCCCCGAUGAGGAUCCUCCGGCCCCAGAUGACGGCCGCGGGGAUCCCGACGCCACCCUGCUGUGGGACCAGCGCCAGCACGGCACCCAGGGACAGCCCGAACCCACAGACACCAAAAGGCGCUCGAGGCCCGAGGGGGCCCACGAUGACCCCGAAGAGGGGACUCCUGCCUGCCCCCCCCCUGAGGCUGACGGGGAGGAAGAUCCCGGGCUGCCCGUGAUGGCAGAUCAUGUCUUUGUGCCCAUUGACCUCCACUGCAUCGAGCGGACACCCGCGGAGCAGAGGAAGCAGCAGCCCACCCCGCAGCCCCAGGAGGAGGGCAGGGGGGGCUGUGCUCCCCCCAGGGACAGACCCAACAGCAUCCUCCCAAAGCAGGCCUUCCUCCCUGGUGGCCCCUCACUCUACCGGGGCCUGCUGGGCUUUGAGAGGCAAGCUGCCAAGCUGCCGGCCGAGGGGCCACGGUGCCCCUGCGCUGAGGUCUGCAGCACCGCUGCCCUCAAGGCUGUGGCCUCGGUGGUGGGGGCUCUGUUCCUUUGCCCCUGCCUCAUCUACGGUGCCUACGUCUUCCUGCCCUUCGACGCGCCGCUCCUGCCCACCAUCAGCACAAGGCUGGUGUACACGCUGCGCUGCGCUGCUUUCGCCACCGUCCCCAUCGUCCUGGGGAUGAUCAUCAGUGGCAUCUCACGCCUCUGCUCCGCAGCACUGGAACCCUUUGGAAAGCUGCAGCGGGAGGUGGAGAUCCAUCGGACCUACGUCUCCCAGUCCGUCCACCUCUUCAUCCUCUACUUCUUCAACAUGGCCGUGCUGGCCACGUACCUCCAGCAGGAGCUCCUCAAGCUCAUCCCCCUCCUCACAGGCCUCUUUGCCAUCUCUCGGCUGACCUACUGGCUGUCCUACGCCUUCGGGCGCUCCUUCCGUGCCUUUGGCUUCGCCAUGACCUUCCUGCCCCUCGUGGCCAUGCUGCUCUGGAACCUGUACAGCAUGUUUGUCCUGGAGCCCGAGAACCUCCUGGCCGUGGCGACAGCGAAGCCCGAGGAGAGCUCCCAGCAGAGCAGGGCCAGACUGCGGUACUGGGGCUGAGCCCUCCCUGCGAGCCCUGGGGGUGGGUGGGGGGCAGAUCCCACGGCUGCACUUCUUCCGUGGGAGUCCCACUGCACCCUACGCGAGGUGGGGAGCAGAAGGAGCCAUUACUUCAGGAUGAGGGGGGCAGGGAUUGCCAGACGUCCUCUUGGGGCCAAUAAAAACCUUCUGCUGAA